AUGAACUUCCAUAACACACUAAUAUGGUCGUUCAUAUAUUUAAAUAUUUAUAUAGAGAAUAUAGUGGAAUCCACUGAUAAUUCGCCCGUUUCUAGUUCUGGCUCUGAUGGCAGCAAUUUGUCAACUGCUCCACCAUCUAAUGUCUCAACAGACGAUGUGGAUAUUAGUACAGUAGAUACCAGUGGAUUUGGAAUCGGCUGGAACAGAUCUGUGUCAUUAAUGGAUUCAAAUUACACAGGAUUAUCACGAUCACUUUCAACUACUAUACCUGACCUAAGUAAAUUAGGUUCAGAUUAUGGUGAAGAUGAUGAUAUGGUCAUUAUAGACUCAUCAGACGUUUCAAGUGGCGGAAGUAGUAGCAACAAUCAGUGUAUACCAAUAGAAUCAUGUACCAGUAAUUCACUUCCCCCUCAAAAAUCAAAUAAAAUAUCAGUGUAUAAUGAUUCUUCACUAUUGAGCAUGAUAAAAACUUUGAGCCAGUUGCAUCUUAUAGAUUUCAUAGAUUCAUUGGCAAAUAAAUUAAUAACUCGCGACUCUGAAUAUGAUAUCGUAAAAGAUUUACAUAACUUUAUUGCCAAAGCGAAUUUAAGCACUCAGCCAAUACUUCUCGACCUCACUGAACUUCUUAGCUCUGGUGAGUAUAAAUGGAAAUCUAUAGGAGAUACUGUUCUUUACACGGCUAUUGAUGGAUACGGAUUCAAAUUGGUUAUGAAGAACACUACUGUUUUAUGGCACACAAAUGAAAUAAAGGAUUACGCCACUAAAAUUGAGUGCAAUAACAAAAGUCACACAGUUACAAUACACAAAUCUGAUGGAAACACACAAGAGAUUAAACUCACGACUGACCAAGAAACUAGCACAGAGUCAGACACCCCUGAAUGUCAACAAGAUACAGCUAUAAAACAUACAACUGUACUCAACAUCAACAAAUUAGCAAAUUGUAGAGAAUAUAGGUGGAGAUUUUCUAAUGGUUUAGUCACAUGUAUCGCAAAUGAACAAUACGGAUUUAGAAUAGUGAGACAGGAUAACAAUGUCUUAUGGCACACUAUUAAUCGCAAUCAAUGCCCCAAAAAAGUAGAGUGUGACUACCCAAACAGAAAAGUCACUAUACAUAUGUUAGACGGAACUACAUUUGUAAAGCAUUUUGAACGAGAACCAGAAGCAAAUACAUUGAUAACAAUUGAUAUUCAGAACGUAUCAAGUACAAAAUACUACACAUACGAGAAAUUUAAAAACUACGCCAUAUAUCAACCUAUUUGGCCAUACCGAGUAAAAAAAGUCCAAAAUGAUGGCGUAAUAUUAUGGUGGUACAGAGAUAAUAUGCACCCUCAUACAAUAAAUGUGUCUGACAAAAAAGACGGGAAAAGGACUUUGGUUCUGUAUUUUGAGUCUGAUGCCAUAGAAUUUAUUGAUCCUACGGAUAAUAGUAAUCAUCAAGAUAAAAAAGAACAUGCUUCAGCUACUACAUCAAUUUCGACUGACAAUUCUGGAUCCGAAGGAAAAGACUUUUCAUCAGAUGACCAAAAUAGUGACCAGUCUAGCUUAGAACGUACUUAUUCACCAGCACAUCAAGAUGGAAGUAACACUAUACAACCAAAAGUUAAACUAUUAAAGGCCGAUACUGCUGAUGCAACCAAAAAUUUGGAACUAAGCAAUAAUGAAUAUAGUUCGUCUACAAAUGAUGAUGUGGUUACAUACCAGAUUGCCAACGGUGUUAAUUGUACCAGAUUGAUGAUUGACGAUGUUUUAUUGUGGGAAUACGACCAAAACCAACGAGAAGGUAAAUACCCCAAAUUAGUAGAAUAUUAUUCAAUUUCAAAAACAUUUGUAAUCAUCUUUGACGAAUUUUAUAUUGUAUGUGAAGAGGAAGGUGAUAACUGGGUAUGUAAUAUAACGGAUACUUCUGGAGUUAAGUUGUUUACUGUUGAUCCCAACGACAAUGCCAAAGUGGUUGAACUUGAUAAUACGCAGUUAACCUUAAUUAAAGAUGGAUUUAGAGAUUCAUACCAGAUAGCACAGGGUGUUAAUUGCGUCCUUCUUAAGUAUAACGGUGUAUUAUUAUGGCAGUACGAUCCAAAUAUACAAUGUGCCUUACAUCCCAAAUCAUUAGAUCAUGAUAUAAUCAAUGAUAUUUUAGUACUCAGGUUUGAAGGAUUAGGUAUGACUAUUGUAAAGAACGAUCAAGGUCAGUGGGUGUUUACUGAAUCUGGACCACUACCCGUCAAAUUCCAUGUAGUUGAUCCUAAUGAUGCAACCAAGACAGUCGAACUCGCUAGUAAUAACCUCACAGUAACUCCAAGUGGUGAUAUUACUACAUUCACUAUCGCAGACAAUGUUAAUUGUACCAAAUUGACGUAUGGUCAAGUUUUAUUAUGGCAACAUGAUGCUAAUAAACACAGUGGAAAGCAUCCAAUCUCUCUAAAUUAUGAUACUCGAACUGAGGUUUUAGUACUUAAAUUUAAGGGGUUGGAUAUCACAUUUGCAAAAAAUCAGCAAGGCGUUUGGAUAUAUAACGAAACAGGCCCUUUAGCCAUCAAAUUACACGUACCUGAGCCCAAUGAUCCUAAUAACACAGUAGAACUUGAUACUACCCAGUUUACAGUAACUGAAAGUGGUGAUAUGACCACAUUCACUAUAGCAGACAAUGUUGAUACUAUCGCAUUAACUUAUGGAUCAGUUAUAUUAUGGCAACAUGAUCCUAAUAAACACAGUGGAAAGCACCCUAAGUCAUUAGUUUAUACCAGAUCCACAGAAACACUCGUACUUAAAUUUGAAGGUAUAGAUGUGACUUUUGCAAAGAAUAACGAAGGUGUAUGGGAGUACACAGAGACCGAUACGUCUGCUAGUAGUGUAGUCUCUACAUCUGGAUCAGAUGACAAAUCGGCAGAUGAAACAUCGGUUUUACAACCAUCAAUUGAGAUAACCUCUUCAAUACCUCAGGAACAGCAGCAAGAACAGCAACUGGAUAAUAAAGAAGAAACUGCCAAGCCACAAGAUGAAACUAAGCCGGUCUCAUCACCUGAAUCAACGUUAGUUUCACCAUCUGAACCCGAAACAACUUCUGUAACCCAGCCAACACCUGAGAUUACCUCUUCAAUAUCUCAGGACCAGCAACUGGUUGAGGAACAACAGGAACAAGUAUAA